AUGACGGGUCUUGUCACGGAGGUGGAUAUCCGUGAUCGUUCCUUCCGGGAGUCUGUAGACCGCCGGAUUGAGGAGGCGCGUCAGGAGGAGAACAUAUCUGCAACUAACGAUGUAAGAGGGAAUUUGGCUGCUGCUCGAGAACAAAUCCAGACCCUCCAGGCGGAAUUGAACUCUGCAUUGGAGGCCCUUAAAAAGGCUGAGGAGGAAACAGCUGAGACAGCGAAGCAUACCUCGUCUUUAGAAAAUGAGCUGUCUCGGACUCGCAAAGUUCUCCAAGAGUCGGAUGAGAGGGCAACUGCCUUGGAGGCUCGCUGCAAAGGAGUUUCGGAGCAACUGUCCUCUAUGGCGAAUGCCCUUCAGGAGAGGAAUGAGGCUUUGGGCCAAAAAGCGGAGGUCCAGCGCCAGUAUGAUGCCUUAAAGGCAGAUUUUGAUGGACUUCAAGCUCAUAUGAAGGAGGAGAAAACUCAGAAAGAGGCAGCCCUAGCUCGGGUGCAGGUCCUCGAGCAGGAGUUGAGUGCAAGUUCUGACCGUAUCAGAGAUCUGGCUUCUUCGGCUGAAGAAUUCAAACUUCGUCAUGAUCAACUUAACCAGGAAGUCAGGGCUUUGGAAUGCAAAGCUCAGCUGGUACGUGAGCAAUGCAUAGCGGAGUAUCAGGAGUCUGAUGAGCUGAAGGAGAAGAUCAUUCAGGUCGGUGAGUUGGCUGUGCAGGACUACAGGGACUCUUCUGAGUUUAAGGAGUUUGUAGCUGAGGCCUGUGAAGCGCAUCUUGCUAAAUAUUUAGCUUCUGAUGAAAUGAAGAGGGCUAUUGUUAAUAAAGCCCUUCAUUUUUACUCAUCCGGCUAUAAUCGUGGUUUAAGAGAGGCUAGGCAGGCUCCUGAUAUCCCGUUGUCAGAGCUUCGCAAGCGGGAGGUAGAUUCAGAUGGCGAGCCGGUAAUGUAUGGAGAGGAUGAUUUCCCUAUGCCCCGGGGAGAUUGCCGUGUUGGUGGCCGGUCGACUGUGUCUUCCUCGGAUGAAUCCGAACUGGAAGAAGAGGACGUGGAAAUCCUUGGGUCGAAGGAUGACAACCCUGUUGCUGAGGAGGAGGACCCCAACCUUGGGUCAGAGAUUGCUCCUGCUGCUAAUGUUGAGAGCUCUGAUCCAAAGGAUGCUGAGCUUUCUGCAGAUAUCACUGCAAAUAGGGAUAAUGUGGGCGAGGGAGUUUUAACUGAUGUAAGUCCUUUAAGGACUAUCUAUCCUCCUACUUCUCCUGAGAGGUGA